AUGUCGUGGACUUCUGUCUCCUUUCCGCUGUAUCCACAGUACACCGUGUUCAUUUCACUUUUCACGGGAAUAGAAAAUGACACUAUCAGCACUGUGAAAAAAGAAUUGAUAGCUGCCAACGCCGAAUAUGACUUUUGCUUUCUCAAUACCUACCAUGUAGUCUCUGUAGAACAUUUGUAUGGUAGCAUCCACAGGUCAAUAGCUAACUAUGCCAAUGAUACCUUGAAAGCCAGAACAGUCAACACAGAGAUCAUCUUCAACUUGUCUCCUAUCAAUAAAAUUAUGGAAGCCCUAAAGAAAUUUGGAGUAGAUGAGAAAUGUCCGAAUAUCAUAGCGAUCAAGGUCUUCAAAACUGAAGACAUUGAUGAAAAAUCAUUCAUAGACACGAACAACCAUUUGCUUAAGCUAUUGAGAAUAGAAAAGGACAGUAACAUUGAGUUGAACGAUAAAACUCUCGGCCAAUUGGUGGACGUUCCUAAAGUCAUCAAGGUGUACAAAUUGUCUGACGUGAAGAUAAGCAGUGACGAAUCCCAAAAACAGGCACAAUUGACAAGAUUGGUAGUAGCAGCAUGUUUGCUAAGGGGUCUCUAG